AUGAACGUGCAGAACAAUCUUAUGAUUCUUGUGUACCUUUUAUUCCCAUUUCUACUGUUAACUGAGGAUAUAUAUUGUUUUCUAAAAGAUGUUAAUAUAAAAUACGCUUCGGUAAAUGAUAAAAAAAAUAAAAGUAAUACAAAUGAUGGAUUUUCUUCUUUUGGACUCUAUGGGAAGAAUAACAAAGAUGAUGAAAAUAAGUCAACAGGUGGGAUGUUUCAGUCUUUAUUUAGUUCAAUAAAAAAUAUAUUAUAUAAUGAAGAUAAGAUUAAAAAAGAUUUAAAACUAAUUAAUGAUAAUGUAAAAGAAAUGAAAGAAGGAUUUGUAAAAAGUUCGAUAGAUAUAGCUAAGCAAGCAACUAAUAUAAAAGAGGAUAUAACAAAGAAUACCACUUAUUGGAGUAAUCUUAUUAAGAAUACCAUCAGUGAAGAAUUAGGUCAAAUUGAUCGUAUUAGCAAAGAGCAAUUAAAUAAAUUAAGGGGAACUCCUCAACACAAAAUGCUUUUUUCUACGCCUUUUCAAUUUUCUUCUAAUGAACAGAAGGGGAACAAAAAGGUUAUAGGUAAGGACAGUAGUGAUGCAUCUUCUAUUAUGUCCUCCGUUGAUGCUAAAGCUACUGCUGCUAAUGUGGGAGCAGCUUUUCCUUAUUUUUCUAACAGUGAUAAUAAGAAUGAGGAAAAGAAAGGUAUGUUUAAAUAUCUCUACAGUAAAGGUACAAAUGAGGGAAAAAAGAACGAGAUGAAAUAUGAAGACCAAGGGGAUGAAGCAAAAAAAGGGAACAGAAUGAACCCAUUUAGUUUUUUUACCAAUGCUGAUAAAAAGGGAAAUGCAUCUGAAAGUUUUAUUAAAGAAGAUAAAAGUCAAUUACAUGCUUUCUUUGGUAUGAAAGAAAAUGAAAAGAAUGAUGGUAAGAGAAUUAAGGUUGACACAUCUAAUAAGGAGGAUAAGACGUGGUCGUUCACAAACUACUUUAGUCAUAUGGGAGAACAGGAUCAUUUGGAAAAAAAGGAGGGCGGAAAGGGCAGCAAGGACAAUGAUAGUAGUACAGGUAGAAGUAUUCAACAGGAAGAGGAAGAGGCAAAGGGGUUCUCACUUAACUUCUUUUCAAAGAGGAGUGGGAAUGCUGAGGGGAACUCCGAACAAGGGAAGGGUAGUAACAAUAAUGGAGGAAGUAAUGUAAGUAGCGUUCCGUGGUUCUCCUUUACACAUAAAAAACAAGGUGAAGGGGAAAAGGACAAAUCUCAACAAUAUAUAAAGAUACACCAAGAGGAAACGAAAAAGAAGGAUGAUACAAUGAAUAAUCAAAACGAAGGAGAUGGAAAAGGAAUAGAAAAAUCUUUCUCCCUCUUUAAUUUAUUGAAGGGGAAAGAAAAAAAGAAAGAUAUGAAUAGUGACAAUGUGGAAACUGAUAAUGCAAAUUUGGAAAAAAGUUAUAGCACUGAUGAUGGAAGGAAAAAAGAAAAGAAAUCUUUAUUCAAUCUGUAUGGUACCUUUGGUCAUAAUGAUUUUGCAUUAAAUGAUGAAAAUAAAAAAUGGAAUUACUCGAACAGUGAAUCUAACACAAAAAUGAAAAUAGACUAUUCAAAUGAUAAUCUAAUGAAUAAAGUAAAGAAUUACUAUAAGGAAAAUAAAAAUGUCGAUGAUGUAAAAUUUCUUUCUCUUUUAAAUACAGAACACCAAUUUGACGAGAAUGUUGAUUGCUAUCCGUUAGUUGCUUUUAAAGGAUGUUUAAGUAAUUGCUUUAAAACCAUCUCGAAUGACAAAGGAGAAGAAGAACAACAUGAUUUUAAAAAAAAACCCCUUUCAGUUAAUGACUACAAACAUUUGGAAAAAUGCAUUUACAAAUGUAAAAACUCUAGCCUCGACAAUGUGAGUGGUGGUUGUGUUCAGAAGGAUGGACAGGUGCUAAACAAGAAACCGAAUUAUAAACAGUACAUGCAUAACUUUGAAAAGGAUAAUGUAAAGUUUGACAAACAUCCCUCCGCUUUCCAUGAUUUCACAUUGAAGGAUAAGUACAGCGCUGGUACAAGUGGCAGUACAAGCGGAAGUACAAGUGGCAGUACAAGCGGAAGUACAAGCGGAAGUACAAGCGGCAGUACAAGCGGAAGUACAAGCGGCAGUACAAGCGGCAGUACAGGAAGUGAUAGUGCCAAUAACGUUCGUGAUGAAAAGCAUGUGGGUGAUAUCACAGCGGAGCUGAAGAAGAGAAAUUUCGUUGAUAUCAUAUUUAUGAAGGAUGGGAAAAAGGAAAAGACGAAUUAUGAUUCUGCAAAUAUAAUGCCAGGAGAAAAUUUAAGUGCAAAACUUUUUGAUAUAGGUUCAAAUUAUAAACAAAAUAAUUCCAUGUUAGACAAGGACAACAUAAACAAUAGUCAUCUUUUACAGAAUUCUUUUAAUUUAUUUAAAACAUUAACAACUCAAAAUGAUGAUACGUCUAACUCAACAAGUUCAACAAGUGGAGGCAUCUUAAAAAGUCAAGGCAACAUCACUAAGGGUACAGUAGACGCAGAUCAUACUAUCAAUACUACUACUACUACAAGUACAAAUAGUGAAGAAGAAAAGGAGGAGGAGGAUGAUGAUGAUGAUGACAGUUCAAAUCAUUAUAGUUAUGCUUCAACUAGCUUUUUCCUAUUUUUAUUGUUCAUUACCUUUUUUGUCUACCUAUCAGCCUUCACUAAUAUAAUUAAUCAGUACUACGUUUCAUUUAAAGAAAAAAUUUGCUUAUAUUUAAAUGGAAAUUACAAAGCUACCUUCAAUCAUAUUUAUGGUGAACCAUCAGAAGCAUUUUUACCCAAAAGUGUACAUACCCCUUACAACAUAAACAGUGCACAAGAUAAUUAUUACCACUCCUUCCAAGAAAACAAUUUAGACCUCGCAUGA